AUGACCUCCGAAGCUGCGCCAGAGAGCACGCUUCCGUACCCGCCCCUCCACACGGACAAGAAAUUCGUCGUCCUCUCCGACUGGGAUGGCACGAUCACCACUCGCGAUUCGAACGACUACAUGACCGAUGAGCUCGGAUAUGGCCCCCAGAAGCGCAGACAGGGAAACCUUGAUAUCCUUGCGGGAAAGGUCACGUUCAGGGAUGCUUUCCGUGAAAUGCUGGAGAGCAUAUCCGGGAACGGCCACAACUUCGAGUUCUGCAAGGAGGAGCUCAAGAAGAACAUAACCCUAGACGGUGGAUUCAAGGAUUUCCACAAGUACUGCAAGGAACAAGACAUCCCUGUGGUCAUCAUCUCCAGUGGCAUGGAGCCUUCCAUCCGUGCGGUCCUCUCCAAGCUCAUCGGCGAUGACGCGAAGGAGAUUGACAUCGUUUCUAACAACGUCGACAUCCACCCCGACGGCACCUGGUCUAUCAAGUAUCGGCACCCAACCAGCGGGUUCGGGCACGACAAGAGCCAGGCGAUCCUGCCGUACCGUCGGCUGCCCAACCCACCGCUCAUCUUUUUCUUCGGCGAUGGCGUCUCUGACAUGUCGGCCGCGCGCCACGCCGACGUGCUGUUCGUGAAGUGCAAGGACGGCGGAGACAACGACCUAGCCGCGUACUGCCGCCGCGAGGGCAUCCCCCAUAUCCUUUUCGCGGACUUUAGCCACGCGCGCGUGGUGGUCGCUGACAUCGUCGAGGGGCGCACGACGGCGGCCGAGGCGCUCGCGAAGGGCAAGGCGUGA